UGAAACACUUCUUGUCCAAUGGCUACCCUCCGUCUCACCAGCAGCCGUCCUUUCGCUGCUGUGUUGCCCAGCCCCUCCCGUCGCGCGUUGACGAUUCGCGCCAUGGCAACAAAAGACGUCUUCUCAGAUGAAAACAAGGUCGCUAUCCGAAUGGAUGCCUCCAAGAACGGCUGCACGGGAAUGUUCUGGCGUUCCAAGCCGGAUAUGAAUGCUUCUGUCUCUGCACCUGACUGGCCGCGCAACGGAACUGUCUUCAAGGGCUGGAAGAGCCAGGAGCACCCGGGCUGGGUCAAAGUGGACCACCCUAAGGGCUACUGGCUGCCGAUCCAGCAGUACGGAAAUGACGUCUGCCAUUUCGAGUGAAUAAAGGACGAAGGCGACUGGGUGGUAUGUGUGUGUGUAUAUAUGGGGAGCGUUUGUGGAGAUAUUGGCCAGCGCGAGAGGGCGUCUAAUUAUGGCUGGAGUCAGGUCUUGGGGCCUGCUGAUGGUGAUGACGGAGGUGGCAAACAAGGACGAUGGCAAACAAACAGCAUGGGACGGGGGCACGGCUACCCCAGCCCGCCCAGCCCCAAAGAACAAUCAAACAUCACCGCUAGCACCAUCACCACCACCAGAUCCACUUCCCCCUUCCCGACGGAAAAGAUCGUCGCAAGGGGGAAAGUGGGUCGAGGGGAUCGGGGUGGUGGUCCAAGUUGCGAUGUUGGGUCUGUUGGGUUCGCGGUGCCCCACCGCCGGUGCAGAGGCGCCGCGAGGACGCCAAGUCCCGCCGCCAGGGGCAGCCGAGUGCCGCUACAGCUACAGCUACAGCCACGUACCAUAA